AUGUUAAAGUGGACGGUUACAAAGCGUUCGGAAGCCAACGCAAAAAAUGUGCUCCCACAGGACAAAUUGUUAUUGCAGCAGCGACAACACGCGAGACGUUCUUUGGGAGCGUUAAGUGAGCGCUUGGCCACCGUCAACACGGACAGUACUGUGAAUGGUAGAUCGAGAAACAGGAAAGUUCGUCGAUCACUGGGAGGACCUAUCCGUGAAGUUUGCGCGAACUAUGAUAAGGAAAAUCAAUGCAUUACCUCGACGCCGCAUCCUGCGAUGGGACGGAGCGCUGGUUCACCGUACUCUAUGGCUUUGCGUGAUGUUAGUAACAUCACUCCGAACACUACGCCCUGUCGCCUGUCAAACACUACGCCUCAGAGUCGCAAACGAACACUAGCCGUUUCGCCCUUGUCGUCAGGCCUGAAGCGAAAAGAGCACUUGGAGAGUGUUCGUGAAACGUACGCUACAACACUGCCCACGUUCGACAUUGAGUAUUCUCCUUGUGGCGUGAAGGAUGUUCCGUUCUUAGCGCUUCGUGGGCUGGGAUUGACUGAAUUCGACAAACCGGGUCGUUACUUCCCAGCGGAUGAACAGGAGCCGUCUGCGAAACGGAUUAAAACGUUCACGAAACCACUGCCGCUCGUUGAGGAUCUACCUUGCCAUCCUACCGAGGACAAGUUGAACCCAUGUUUGACUCCGUUGUCGUCGCGCCUGUCCGAAUUACGCUUUAAUAAAAUCAACUUCAAACGACCCCUUGCCGUGGGCAAGACGGUCAACAGUUUGCCGCAGCCAGCACCGCCACCACCACCGCCAUCGUCAAUAGAAAUCAUGGAAGAUUCCGAGCUGUCUCUAAACUCGUCAGAAAUGGGCGAUCUCACGCUCGAUAAGAUGAUCGACGCCAUACUGGAGAGCGCCAAGAAGGACAGCAGAUGGACAACACCACGUCCAAAACGAUCGUUGAGUGUCAAAUCAAAGCAAUCGAAAGGAUCUUCGCCCACCUACACGCCUGCAGAUGAUCCUGCGGCUGACUUAUACCUCGGACUCCGGUGCGCUCCGCGGUUGUUUCGGCAGGAAGGAGAAACAACGAUAAUACUGGAAGAAACGGCAAGCCACAUCAACGAACGGGAGGUGAAAACUCCUGAUUCCAAGCAGGAUCAGCAUUGCAUGGCUGCCAAACACACGGCCAAGAUUGAUUAUGUGCGUCAAUCACUGCACAAAUACGUUGCCGCUAGUCCGCUAGAUGCUGCGUGCCACCUGCGCCGCCAGAAAGCGGUCCGAAGAAAGCACAAGCUUGAAGCUGUCUGCAAUAGCGCAAAGCAGGGCACACAGGGGUAUGAACUUACGCUGGACGAUUGCCAGGCGGGCAGUCCAGAAACGCCCCACAUGCACUGCAAUCAGUCGAAACUCAGCCAGCUCAAUGUGAUGCAAACUCCUGUACGCGAGGAUCACCUGCGAUUGGGAGCGGAAAAUCCGUCCCAACAAAUGAUGUCGGCCAACGCAACACCCGACAUACGGUCCAUCGAUUUGCAAGGCACCUCGACACCGACCGGAGGAUCGAUCGAAAAAAGUCGAAAAUGUUUGACCUUCUCCCCGACGCCCAGUGAGGAUUCGAUCGAAAAGCGACGAUCAGUGGCAUCGUCGACGAAUUCGCGCUGCUCCAGAACGAGCACGUUGACCGGAUCGUCAAUCGGUGCUGGUGCGAUGCGCGGUACACUGGAGCUUAGCGUCUAUCUUGAGCAGGAUCGGCGAUUGCACGUACACGUUCUUCGUUGUAAAGACCUGCAACGGAACACUUCCACUAGCAGUACGGGUGGCAGCAAUGCUAUUAAUGCGUAUGUCAAGGUGGCAUUGAUCAAUCUUGGAGCGCCUCACACGGAUGUAGGCUUUCAACGGACCACUGUGCACCGGAACUCAAGCAAUCCCUGCUACGACCAGCGCUUCCAUUUCGAAAUUCACCCAAACGACGAGCGUCGCGUACAGCUAGCCGUGUGGCAUCGAGACCGGGAAUAUAAGCGUAGUGAGUUUUUAGGAUGUAUGUCAUUCCCAAUAAAACAUGUUACUGCACCGGGCAUUAAUGGAACAUACCGACUGCAGCCGCAAUCCUGUCUGACGAAUCCUACUACACCCAUACUAGAAACAAUGUGUGAAAACUCACAAUCCAGCAUGGAGGAACUAAUGAACGCUGAAGACAGCAGUAGCGCAAAGGCAACCAGCACAGUUACCUCUACAACUGUGUCUCUGGCUGCCGGAGCAACUGGUGGAACGAUUGGCAAUGCUGGCGGAGAACAAAUUAGCCUCAGUAAGAAAGCCAUCCACCAGCGUGAUGCAGAUGAGAAUUUGUUUCUGCGUUUCCUGGAACUUGAUCCGUCUCCCGACGCCUCACAGACGAUCGGCACCGGUGGCGGAGGGAGCCAGACAACACCGGCCACUCCUCGCCGUAGCUCGGUCAGUGCCGUUAGUGGUCCGCUCAAACCAAUGACAGGAGCAACAUCGUCCGGUCGGACACCAUUUACCAUUACGAAGCGGUUGGCGCGAACGGGCGAUCGAGGUUUUGGAUUUUCCAUCGUAUGGACUCAUCCGCCCCGAGUGGAAAAGGUUGAAACGGGUCUGUCGGCGGAUCGAGCAGGCAUUUUGCCCGGUGAUUAUGUGGUGUUCGUCGAUAAGCACAAUGUGGUUACGAUGCCCGAACAGGACGUGCUAAACCUGAUUCGAACACAAGGCAAUUCGCUGCUGUUAGAGAUUUUUCGUCGACCACAGUCGACAGGUGGACUACAGCUGCAAAAUCGAACCAAUGGUUUGCGCAACUUGUCCGCUGGACAAACGCUCAGCUCGAAUCUUGGUGGCAUCACGAACAGCACGGGAAACAUCACUUUGCUCAACGUGUCUGCCGGUGGUGGUGUUCUAGCGCAACCGGAUGAAAGUGAACCAUUCGCGAGAACAUCCCCGUCUCCAUUUGGCGUGGCUCGAUCAUCCACCGCGUGUUCGAAUAUUUCGAUUGAAACCGCCAAGCGAAAACUUCAUCUACCACAGGUCACUUUUAGUAAAGAGUCAAUUGUUCAACAAUUUCCUGACGAUCAUCGCCGCAAGUUCCUCUAUCAGCUGAUUAGCCGUGAACAGCAUUUUAUUAACGCCAUCAAUUUUGGUAUCGAGCGAUUUGUCAAUCCGCUACGCGAACGAAAAGACUUAAUCUCACCGAACGAUCACAAAAUCCUGUUCCAAAACAUUGACGAGCUAUCGCGAAUAUCGGAAGAUAUUCUGGAGCAAAUAAUUCAGGACGAAACCGAACCACAAAUCCAUUUUGCUUCCCGCGUUUAUUUAUCGAAAAGCACAGCACUUUGUGCAGCUUACAGGAAGUAUUGCAAUGGACUGAAGAAAGCUGAUUGUGUGUUGGUCAACAAGUCAAGAAAUUCGAACUGUGAUUUUAUGAAAUUCAUUACGGAGCCACCGGUACCAAGGAAACGUCCAGAUCUAACUACAUUCAUACAUCGACCGCUUCAGCAUUUUAGGGAAAUUUUGAAAUUAGUGCAAAUGAUAGCGUCCCAUUGUCGUGUAGAUAGCGAAGAACAUAAUAAUUUCAGCAGUAUCAUAAGCGAAUUGCAGGCUGCGUACCGUGAAAUAACCGUUGGCGGAGGACUUAUGGAGCCGAUCGGCGAAGGGCGUCCACUUUUAACGUUACAGGAUCUCGAGGCACGAAUGGUGUUCACGAAAUGCAAACCAUUUCAGUUGGCAUCGCAUGGACGGCAGUGGAUUUUUGGUGGAGAUCUGUCACGUGUUGAGGGACGCUCUAUAAAACCUUACUGGACACUGCUGUUUAGUGACAUCCUGUUGUUUGCUAAAGUGAGCCGAGACCGUGUGCUGUUUAUCACCGAGGAACCGAUAGCACUAUCUACAAUAACUGAUUCCUGUUUUAACAUUCGCAAAAAAGGUACUGAAUUCCGAAUCACCAUAGAUCCCAACGGUAGACAAAUUGAAAGUCCCACGGUACAUUGUGCACCGGACCUAUCGCGGACACCGAAAAAAAAUUCCAAAAAACGAUACAUUGUACUUCGCGCUCCGUCGACCGAAUUGAAAGCAGUGUGGCAAAAUUUGCUAACCAGGCAAAUUUUUUUAGUAAAUGCAACUCUAGGAUCAACACCAUUAAGCAGCCCACUUGACUCACCGGAUAUUUUGCAAUCGUUUGUACCAAUAAGCGAUAUCGGCGCGACGGCUACAUCGGCAUCCUCGGUGAAGGUACCAUCGUUGGAUGGCAUUCACCUCAAAAAUCAACAGUCAAGGUUGAGCAGAGUUCCAAAACAAGUCGAAGAGCUUAUCGAUGAAAAGUGUAGAAAGCUCAAUAAAACCGGCAUACCGCAGGGCAGUGCUCUACAUUUGGCGCAAUGGAUGAAAGGUCAGCUGAAUAAACAGAUCAUCGAAUCCGAUCCUAUAGAUUCCGAACCCGAGCAAUUGGUAGAAGAUUGGUCGGUAGAGCAAGUGAAUAAUCGCUCAAAAGAACUGAACCUGGUCGAUGCUGACGGAAGCCCUUACAGAUCCGCUUCCCAUUGCAAUGGUACUAGUAAUGGGAUUGUAGGCAAAAAUAAUGGACCCGCGAGCCAACCGACAACUGACGACAAUUCAGCAUUUGAGGAUGAUGAUGAUAAUAAGAGUGUUUCAAAGAGCACAACAUCCGACAGUCAAAUAACUGUGAGGUCAAGUCCAUUAAGCAACAAAUUGGACACAAUAUCUGUGUGUCGACAGUGUCACAAAAACUGCAAAAGCCGCCUAAAUUCACCAAGUAGCAACUCACUAACUGUACAGCAUAGCCACAGUACUCCGUCGAAUCGUUGCUGCUUGUCAAACUCCACCACCGGUAGCAGCCUCAAUAAGAGCCCGAACUCAACGUCCAGCGUAUCCUCGUCAAGCACAUUGACCAUGCGCGGAAGAGCUGCGGCCCAGGAAGCGGAUUGUGCUAGCCACAUAACGAAUGCUGAGAGUGCAAUGUGUAACAGACAGGCAUCGCAUGUUCAUGUGAAACAGGUAGGAGAGUCGGAACGACACCUUCAACUGUCGGCGAACGGAAACUAUAAAACAAUGUGCCAAACACCAUGCCAUUGCAAGUGUACACCAAAAGAUUUCGAAAAAAGUACUCUCAGCCCCGACGAGCUACUGCAUGAGCGGGUUAAAAUAUUAGAUAAUGUUUGUGAAGCCACCACCACAAAUAUAAUUAUUCAGCAUGCAAAGGAUACCAGCAAGAUGAACGGUUAUCCGCAUUCGUUGAAGGAACGUGUUGGUGAAGACACUGGUGGUCGUGAUGAGCGCCAGGUGGUAUAUAAUAAUAACGAGGACGAUGAUACCGAGUGGUCGUUGAUGGGGUUGAUUGGAUUGGCUCAAAUAAAUCCAGCAGCAUCUUUAGUUCAUAUAGAUCCAUUCGAGGCAUUGCCAACCAUUGCCGUAGUACCGCCGACACCGGAUGCUUUAGGCAAUGCGACAUAUACGCGGCAGGUUAUGCCACCGUCGCCAUGGACAACGAUUGAAAGAAGUCAACUUCAGCUAGCCCCGAGUAGUUUAAACUCGACACACAUGACCGAAGGAACCCUCAGCGAUGAAUAUUCGCCCGAUAAUUCACCAGAGGAUGAAAUAGCCGAACCGCCAUAUCGUGCAUUGAAUCCUGGUUUGAAACGCUACGGAACAAUAUCGAGUUUGGAGCGAGUUCCGUCUGAGGAUACGGACGAUAACAAGACAUAUUCUUCAGAAGAAGAUUCGGAAAGUGACAUUAAAAUUGUUACCAAAGAAGUAUACGACAAUAAUACGCAGACAUUUCUGAACUGGACGACCAGGGCGGGCAACUUUAUCGAAGAGUCUCGCGCCUUCAUCGAUCGGUAUCUUGGACGUCGCGACAACAGUACUGAAGAGCCAGAAGCGAAUGGUGAUGAUUGGGAGAAAACCCGCGUAGAAAAGCGCCCCGGUGAACAGCAUGCGGCGAGCAGUGGAGGCGAUGAGGAGGAAACAAUUGAAGGUGAAACGUCGGCCACUUCUGGGGAGGAAGUUUGGGGUACUCCUACCAGUGGUGGUGAAAAUGACGAUAUGCAGAUAUUUGGAAGCAUUGAACAAACACAUUCGUCCCCAACCAAGUCAUCUUCGUCGUAUACAGGAGACGAUGACACUGAGCUGAUGAUGGACGAAUUGCUGAUGGCGCCUCCGAUGACGGCAAGUGCUGUUCGUGGACUUUUGCCAAGAAGAAAGCUUGAACCACUGUUCGAAGAGGACAGUGAGAGUGCGGAAUCAGAUGAUGACAGUAAACCACUCAGCGGUCGCGAUCACCAGGGGCAAGCUUCGGAAAAAAAUCCUCCGGUUUAUGCGGAUUUAAACGAUUCCACCGGUACCGAUUCGGUAAGUACGACGCCGUCAUCGACCCCGCAGCCCGAGAGGAGCGAGACGAUCAAGACUACCACUCCAGACGAAAACUAUGGGAGUGUUGCUGACAGAUGUUAUGCAUCUGUGCAGCUACCGAGCACCGUGACACCCUGUGCAAGCGAUACCGCACGUUUCGCCGACAAGGCAAAUGUACCGAUCGGGCUCAGCCCAAGGCUCGAGAUGCGCUUGGCACUGAAUCACGACAUUCUCGGCGACGAAGAUCUGCUCACCUACAGUCCUGGACCGGACCUGACGGCAAUUCUCGGGCGCGACCUCUCCACAUACCAUCGGAUGAAUGGGAAGGACAUUAUCAUGAAUCGUAUCGUGACGCGUGUGAGCAGCUACAUGAACAUUCAAGCGGUGGCGACAUCGACCCCGGUCAGCAAACCGACCACGGUGGAACCGCACAGUUCAGCGACCAACCAGGCUAUGAAAAACGGAAUGAGCUCAUCAUAUCAGCAAAACAAUUCAAAGAUGGAUACACCUAUACUGCACCGUCGAAAAGCUACCGCCCCAGCUACCUGGAGCAGUUUUGGGUUUGCGGAUCGAGAAGAAAGGACUCUGUCGGACCUGGAACGUUUGGCGAGGCGGGAGAAAGUUUACUGUAUGACCCAGCUCAAUCACAACGCUUCUCAGCUGAAACGAGUAGCUAGCUUUAAUACGACCACAAAACACACCAGUAAGCUAUUCAACUUUUUGUAUCGACGCAACUCGGAAAAUCAACUGGCGGGACUCUUGACCUCGAAGGACAGUACGGAAGAUAGUGCCACGUGCCAUUCCGAUCCGAGCCGAUUGAAUUCUCCCCGAAAGGAAACGGUGAAAUCACUCGAUCGAAGGUUUUGGAGGCAACUGAGCAAAAGACGACGCGCCAGUUUCCACGAGGAACUCACAACAGGCGCAUCUUAA